AUGGCGUUUUGGGCUGCCGCCAACGUGAGCAAAACAACUGCCCGAUGCUUGCGGGCGCGAGGCCCCGGGUUCCCUGCGGCAUCUAGGUUCGCCUCCCACCCAGAGCCUCCGGGCUACGGCCCUGUUGCGAGCAAGAAGCUGCACCUUACCGCGGCGUCCCUCGCCGGGCACAACAAAUGGUCUAAAGUCCGGCACAUUAAAGGUCCCAAGGAUACAGAAAGGAGUCGCAUCUUCUCCAAACUCUGUCUGAGCAUCCGCCUGGCGGUUAAAGAGGGAGGCCCUGACCCUGAGAGCAACAGCCACCUAGCUAAUAUCCUAGAGGUGUGUCGCAGCAAGCAUAUGCCCAAAUCAACGAUUGAGGCAGCACUAAAAAUGGAGAAAACUAAGGGCAUUUAUUUGCUGUACGAGGGUCGAGGCCCUGGUGGCUCUUCUCUGCUCAUUGAGGCGUUAUCUAACAGUGGCUCCAAGUGCCAGUCAGACAUUCGACAUAUCCUGAACAAGAAUGGGGGAAUGAUGACAGAAGGAGCUCGUCAUUCUUUUGACAAAAAGGGGGUGGUUGUGGUUGGAGUGGAAGACAGAGAGAAGAAAGCUGUGAACCUAGAGCGUGCCCUGGAGCUGGCAAUUGAAGCAGGAGCUGAAGAUGUCAAGGAAACUGAAGAUGAAGAAGAAAAGAACCUUUUUAAAUUUAUUUGUGAUGCCUCUUCACUGCAUCAAGUGAGGAACAAGCUGGACUCUCUGGGCUUAUGCUCUGUGUCCUGUACACUGGAGUUCAUCCCCACCUCAACAGUGCGACUGGCUGACCCCGACCUGGAGAAGGCUGCUCAUCUCAUCCAGGCUCUUGGCAACUAUGAGGAUGUGAUUCAUGUCUAUGACAACAUUGAAUGACCAGGACAUAUGUGCUUGUGGGCUCCUUCUUAGGCAAGGGACAGCUCAUUCUUUAGCACAGGCAUCUGCAGCAAUCUUUGAGACUGAAGCAGGUGGGAAGCCUAACAGGUUAGGAGGUCAAAGGCCAUUACUCGUGGCUUUGAAGCCAGGGGAAUCACACUUUCCUGGGACUGCUUUGUUGGCACUGCUGGUAUUUCAGAGCCCUCCUGGAUGCAGGGUGGGAUCAGCCAGCUGAUCUGACUGUGAUCUCAGGUAGUUGGCCCUUGUGGGAAUUGUAAACUCCUCAAGGCCCUAUAUAUUGAAAACCACUCUUUGUGUGUGGGUACGUCUAUGUGUGUGUUUAUGGUAUUAGGGAUUGAAUCAAGGGUGCUGUACCACUAAGCUCUGUCCCUAGCCCCUUUUUAUUUUUUAAGUCAGGGUCUUGCUGCCCAGGCUGGCCUUGAACUUGGGAUCCUCCUGCCUCACUGGGAUAACAGAUGUGCACAACCAUGCCCAGUUGGAUCCUAUUCUUAAAUAAUGACAGUGGUUGAUCUUGGUUGCUGCAUUGCUGUUGUAUGGCUCUUGAGCUUUUCUGCAUUCAUUUGGGUAUUGGACUUAUAGACUAACUAUUUCAGUACCCCAUGCUUAGUUCUGUCCUUCAAUUCCAGAUUUUUGUUGUUGUUGUUUUGUAGUACUGGGGACUUCACCCAGGGAUGCUUUACCACUAAGCUAUACCCCC